AUGAACUACAGCGCAGACUCUGGUAAUACAGUUUAUGUGGGGAAUAUAGAUCCAAGGAUAACGAAAGAACAACUUUAUGAACUCUUCAUUCAGAUCAACCCUGUUUUAAGGAUUAAGUAUCCGAAAGAUAAAGUUCUACAAGCUUACCAAGGCUACGCAUUCAUCGAAUUUUAUAAUCAAGGAGAUGCUCAAUAUGCAAUAAAAAUAAUGAAUAAUACCGUUAGAUUAUACGACCGACUGAUAAAGGUUCGUCAAGUAACCAAUUCUACAGGAACAACUAAUUUACCUUCAAAUAUUUCUAAGGACAUGAUUCUACCUAUUGCUAAGUUGUUCAUAAAAAACCUUGCAGAUUCGAUAGAUAGCGACCAAUUAGUGAAAAUUUUCAAUAAAUUUGGUAAGCUCAUAAGGGAACCCGAAAUUUUCUACCUAUCAAACGGAAAAUUAAAGUGUGCUUAUGUUUAUUUUGAGGACUUUGAAAAAGCAGAUUUGGCAAUAAAAUCUUUGAACAAUCAGUUAGUCGCCAACAACAGAAUUACUGUUGAUUAUGCCUUCAAAGAAAAUGGAAAAGGUAACGCAAAAUACGGUGAUGACGUUGACAGGCUGUUGAAUAAAGAAGCAUUAAAGCACAACAUGUUGAAAUAA